UAAGACACUGCAACAUUUAAGGAAGCAGCUGGGAAAUUCUAUCCAAAAAUGUUUUCUUUCGUGAUUCUGUUUUUUGCUCUCUGUUAUUCUUCAUUUACUCAGAACACAGAUGAGUAUGAGGAUCUCUUCUUCUUGAAUUUUGACAAUGAAAUAGAGAGUGUAAUUCCUGCUACAGAAGAAACCAUUUCAUGUGAUUGUCAGCGAGAACACACAGAAUGGGACAAGCUCUUCAUUAUGCUUGAGAAUUCCCAGAUGAAGGAAAACAUGCUGCUUCAGUCUCUGGAUGAAGUCCUUAAGGUGGAGCUGCAGAUGCUGAGAGCAGAAAUGCUGCAGUUUGUGGGAAACUUUGCUGGCACGUGCACGACGUAUAUCGAGAAAACAACCUCCCAGAUCUGGAGCCAAAUGGACCAGAUGAUGGCAAAGAACAAAGAUACCGGGGGUAUUUCUGGGAUGCUUCAUGAGACCAAGCAAGAAAAGAUUCUCCAAGACAUUCUGCAGUUGAAUCAAAAUCUUUCCAACCGACUCAGGCAGCUUGAGCAUGCUUGGCAGGGGAGAGCCAAAGAGGGGGAUCAGCAGAGCCAUGUGUCAGAGGAAGGCAGAGUCGGCUACAUAACUAAUGGGGACAAUUUCAUGUUGAAGUCACUGUGGCAAGAACUGCAGGAAACAAAAGCUGAGCUGAAAGAAUCCCAAAAGAGGACCACAAAGCCUUCCUUGCCAGCUGGUUGUGAAACAGUUCUUUUAUUCCCUAUGCGUUCUAAAAAGAUCUUCGUGAGUGUUCAUCCAACUGGUGAGAUGACACUCUUGUCCUUCACUGUCUGCACAUGGGUUAAGGUAACUGAAGCGCUGGACAAAACUAUUGUAUUCUCAUAUGGAACAAAGAAUAAUCCCUAUGAAAUUCAGCUUUAUCUGGACUAUGACUCAGUGAUUCUUGCUGUAAAUAGUGAUCUUAACAAGAUAACUGCCCCAAAGGUCAUUUCUUCUGGAGAGUGGACGCACAUCUGCAGUACUUGGAGUUCAGUUAAUGGAAAUGUUUCUUUAUGGAUAAAUGGAAAGGUUGUGGUCACCUCUUCAGAUAUAUCUGAAGACCACAUCAUUCCAGAUGGUGGAAUUUUGCAGAUUGGCCAGGAAAAGAAUGGCUGCUGUGUUGGAGGUGGUUUCAAUGAAUCUUUAGCUUUUUCUGGAAAAAUAACUGGCUUUAAUAUUUGGGACAGAAUCCUCAGUGAUAUAGAGAUAAUAAGACAGUCUGAAGAAGAUACAUGCAACAGCCGUGGCAACAUAGUUGGGUGGGGUGUUACAGAGAUUCUGCCUCAUGGAGGAGCUCAGUAUGUUUUUAGCCCCUGAACUAAUGUUCUUCAAAACUCUAUAUAAAGUCAAAUACAACAAA